CGUCGGAUCCUAGAGAAUAUGGCUCUGUUCAGCGCUCCAUCCGCUCUUCUAUUCUUUUUAUUUACUUCCUGUUCUCUCGCCAGGUGUCAAGAACUGAUACGGGAAACAUUCUGCUGGAAUCAGGAUUUCCGACUGGACUGCCGUUGGACUAACAUAUUAGCAAUUCACGAGGCUUAUUUUACCAACGACGAAGCACAAGUCAACAGUAGCUCGUGUUCGCACGCGAAAGAUGGCAGGCUUCCUUGCACGGAAGAUAUUCGGCAAACAAUUAAUAAGAGGUGUUCUGGAAUGUCUCACUGUCAUUAUGAUUUCGCGAAAGAUCAACCGGACAGGGAAUGCAGAUGUAAAGGAAUAAUAGUGGUAGCCUAUUCGUGCGUACCUGAACAGAAAAUUGAAAGCUACUGCAACAUCAAGCUAAAAGAAUCCGAGGGAUACAUCUCAUCACCGGGCUACCCACGCUUCUACCCGAAAAUUUCAAACUGCACAUGGCUGUUGGAAUCCUCCAUAAAACAAGAGAUGAAACUCACCAUCCUGGACGUCGAUAUGCGCCCAGGUAUCCCGACCAAGGGCAAGGUCAUCUGCCCUGAUGCCCUGACGAUACUGGAAAACAAUCACAAAGUGAAACAUGUGUGUGGCCAGGCGGAUGAAAAGACGAGGAUACCUCUCUUGACCACUGGAGGUCAUAUUCAAGUCACCUUCAAGAGCAACGAGUUCCUCCCUUCCAGGGGAUUUUUAUUACAUUAUAAAUUUAAUGGAUGUCGCAGACUGGCUCCUCCAAAACUGGGCUACAUGGUUUACAGCAAUAACCGCUCUUCUAUGUACAUGUGUUGCAAGGGACACGUUUUCAAUGACACGCUAUCGAAUUCACUCUUCUUGCAAUGCGUGGAUGGCACUUACUGGAAUGGAACAGUGCAGCCUUGUCUAAGCAUUGAAGAUGCACUUCGUAGUCGGAAAAAUGGCUCUGAUGACUACGAAGAUUUACAAAUUGGAAAUGCAGAUGUAGUUGAAGUGUACUUAAAAAAGCAUAAAUACAUAGAAGAAAUUCUUAUACCUAUCGCAUCCGUAGUGGGCCUUGUAUUUGGAAAUGUUGCUAUUAUACUAUUAAUACAAAAGAUCAGAAAGAAGAGAAAAACAAACGGUUCCCACCACAAUGGACGAUCUCUUUCUGGGCGAGGUUCAUCGUCAACUUCAUCGGGCACAACUGAAGUGCCUCAAACACUUCGUGUUCCAGUCACAGUACCAAUAGAAUCUACAAUACCUCGCAUGACAUCCAUUCCAACCAUCCACCAAAUGCCAGAAAAGAAACAAGCACCCAGGGUCCUCAUAACGGAUUUAUAGAAGUUUCGCAACAAACUGAUAUAGUUAAUCCGAAUUCCUAUAAAAGACGCUGGUGAGGUUUGACAAUUAUGAAAUUUGAGCGCCUGAAAUUUACUGUUGGCGAGAAAAACGAACGAGUUUUGCUGAGAACAUUUCAGAAAAAAAUCGACAUUGAAUUUAGAGUACCAAUCUCCAAGUCUGUUAUUAGCUGGCUUUGAAAGGUCGAUGUGAAAAUGCUCUACGUUUAAAUAAUGAAAGCAACGCUUUUGGACACUGGAUCUAAAAGUAUUUUUUUAUACUUUUACAAAGGACAUUUCAAGAAUAUAAAUGGCUCUGAGCCAAAAGGUAGAGUUAAAAAGUGCCCUGUGCUUAUCGAAUCGCUUUUGAGGAUCGAGAAGUUUAAGCAUACAAAGAAUACGUUCUACAUAUGGACCAUCAUGUCAUAACUAAUAUGGGUAACUCCAAAUUAAUUAUUUUUGGACAAAUCGAAAUCGCCAAUUAAGAAAUAUAACUCGGUUUCCUCAGUUUAGAAUCUAAUGCUUUCUUCGUUACCGGCAGGAUUACCUGAUAAGCUUAAUGAUCGUGCUUAGGGUGUACUGCUCAGGGGGCGCCGCAUCUUCUGCUUUUAUUAGAUGAGGAACUUAGUUUAAAUUGAAAUUUAAUUAGUUACCUACAUUGUAUAAAUGUUCAUGCCUGCUUUGCCUCAUUUUCGUAAGUUAAGUC